AUGAAUCUCAAGGUAGUCCUUGUGUUCCUGGUACUGUCUCUUAUUACCAUCUUCACCCUAGUCUGUGUUCUGCUGACUAGCCAAGGAGUCUCCAGCCAGCUUCCUCGAUGCCCUUCUGUACCCCUGAGUGCCCCACCCUGGACACAACCUGUCCAGAGCCAGCUGUUUGCAGACCUGAGCCGAGAGGAACUGACCGCUGUGAUGAGCUUUCUGACCCAGAAACUGGGGUCUGGGCUGGUGGAUGCAGCCCAGGCCUGGCCCUCAGACAACUGUGUCUUCUCAGUGGAACUGCAGCUCCCCUCCAAGGCAGCAGCCCUGGCCCACCUGAACGGGGUGGGCUCCCCACCUGCCCGAGAGGCCCUGGCCAUCGUCUUAUUUGGUGGACAAGCCCAGCCCAACGUGAGUGAGCUGGUGGUGGGGCCACUACCCCAUCUGUCUUACGUGCGGGAUGUGACUUUGGAGCGCCAUGGGGGACCCGUGCCCUAUCACCGGCGCCCUAUGCUGGCAACUGAAUAUGCCCAGAUAUGGAGACAUUUGAAGGAGGUCGAGUUUCUCAAGGCACCCAUCUUCCUGGCUUCUGUCUUCAACUACAACGGCUCCACUUUGGCACCCUUGCAUGCCACCCCCCGUGGUUUGCGUUCAGGCGAUCGUGCUACCUGGAUAGGUCUCUACCACAACAUCUCAGGUGUUGGGCUUUUCCUUCACCCAGUGGGGCUGGAGCUCCUGCUGGACCACAGGGCCCUGGACCCUGCCCAGUGGGCUGUCCAGCAGGUCUUCUACCUUGGACACUAUUAUGCAGACUUGGGCCAGCUGGAACGGGAAUUUAAGGCUGGCCGACUGGAAGUAGUUAAAGUUCCUCUGCCUUCACUAAGAGGUGCGUCCUCUCUGAGGUCUCGAGGCUCCCCAGGUCCUCUUCCCCCACUUCAGUUCUCACCCCAGGGCUCUCAGUACAGUGUCCAAGGGAACCUGGUAAAAUCUUCCCUCUGGUCAUUUGCCUUUGGCCAUGGGGUGUACAGCGGCUUGAGGAUUUUUGACAUUCGGUUUAAGGGUGAGCGAGUGGCCUAUGAAGUCAGUGUCCAAGAGUGUGUCUCUGUCUAUGGUGGUGAGUCACCCAAGACUAUGAUGACCCGAUACUUGGAUAGCACUUACGGUCUUGGCCGUAACAGCAAGGGCUUGGUACGUGGAUUGGACUGCCCCUAUCAGGCCACAAUGGUGGACACCCAUGUUUUGAUAGGUAAAGGGACAAUCCAGUGGUUCCAAGGGGCUGUGUGUGUUUUUGAGGAGGUCCAGGGACUACCACUUCGAAGGCACCACAAUUCACUUCAGAGUAAUUUCUACGGUGGCCUGGCCAGCUCAGCCCUAGUUGUCAGGUCUGUGGCCUCGGUGGGCAACUACGACUACAUUUGGGAUUUUGUGUUACAUCCAAAUGGGGCCAUUGAAGGGAGGGUCCAUGCUACGGGUUAUAUCAACACAGAAUUCCUGAGUGGGCAAGAGGACAACCUUCUCUUUGGGAACCGUGUUGGGGAGCAAGUGCUGGGGACAUUGCACACCCAUGCCUUCCACUUCAAGCUGGACCUGGACGUGGCAGGGCUGAAAAACUGGGUGGUGGCAGAAGAUGUGGUGUUUAAACCUGUGGCAGCUCCCUGGAGCCCAGAGUACCAGCUGCACCGCCCACAGCUGACCCGGAAGGUUCUGGAGAGGGAGGACCUGGCAGCAUUCUCCUUGGGAAGUUUUCCCCGUUACCUGUACCUGGCCAGCAACCAGACUAAUGCCUGGGGUCACCAGCGUGGUUACCGAAUCCAGAUCCACAGUCCUCCUGGUGUACAUGUGCCCGUGGAGAGUGCCAUGGAAAGGGCUCUCAGCUGGGGGAGAUACCAGCUCGCAGUGACGCGGAGGAAGGAAGAAGAGUCACAGAGCAGCAGUGUCUAUUACCAGAAUGACAUAUGGACACCCACCAUGGCCUUUGCUGACUUCAUCAACAAUGAAACCCUCUUAGGAGAGGACCUGGUGGCUUGGGUCACAGCCAGCUUCCUGCACAUUCCCCAUGCUGAGGAUAUCCCCAACACAGUGACUCUGGGGAACAAGGUUGGCUUCUUGCUCCGACCCUAUAAUUUCUUUGAUGAAGACCCUUCCAUCUUCUCCCCUGGCAGCAUCUACUUUGAGAAUGGCCAGGAUGCUGGGCACUGCAGUGUCAACCCCUUGGCCUGUGUCUCCCAUCUGGCAACCUGUGUCCCAGACCUGCCCCCCUUUUCUUAUCAAGACCUCUAA